ACGGCACUGAAGGGCAGACGCUGUUGAAAACACUUGUGACUGGGACACAUCGCCGGCGCAGUCACCGGCUGUCACUGGCCUCACGGCUUUCUCAUCUCCAACCCAAGUUUCCUACGCUACAGCGCUUUUCGAGGAGUUUUGAAGCCGGCGCUCGGGAAGGCGGCGGCGCUGAGGCGAAUCCAGGUGGGGCCGGGCUCCCGCCCCUCCUUCCGUGCCUGCCCGCCGGCGGGGGCAUGUGACAGCGCGACUUCUGCCUUCCCCCGCCGCGGGAAGGGGAACGGGAAGGGGAAGGGGAACGGGAAGGGGCCACGCUUUCCCCGCUGCUCCGGCCGCCGCCGAGGCCGCGGCGCCGCCCGUGCCCCGCCACAGGUGCAGCCGGCGCCCCGGGCCCCCACAGAGGCGAGAUGCCCCGGCAGUUUCCCAAGCUGAACAUCUCGGAGGUGGACGAGCACGUGCGGCUCCUGGCAGAGAAGGUGUUCGCCAAGGUCCUGCGGGAAGAAGACAGCAAAGAUGCGUUGUCGCUCUUCACCGUGCCUGAGGACUGCCCCAUCGGGCAGAAGGAGGCCAAGGAGAGGGAGCUGCAGAAGGAGCUGGCAGAGCAGCAGUCUGUGGAAACAGCUAAAAGGAAGAAAAGUUUCAAGAUGAUUAGAUCCCAGUCUUUGUCAUUACAAAUUCCACCUCAGGAAUGGAAAGCACCACCUGCCAAUCCCGUCCUGUCUCCUGCAACGCCAGUUCUCCCAAGUGCUUUCGUGCCAGUCCAAGUGCCAUAUGAUGUACCAGAAUUCCAGAGAGUUUCAAUUAGUGGGGACUACUGUGCAGGGGUCACAGUUGAUGACUAUGAACAAGCUGCCAAGAGCCUGGUGAAAGCUCUUCUCAUCCGAGAGAAGUACUCGCGCCUUGCCUACCACCGCUUCCCGAGAACUACAUCUCAGUACCUGUGCAGCAUGCGGGAUCAAAAAUGGAAGGUUGAAGAUGAGGUGUGCCCAGAUUUCCAUUCACCCCCAGAAGAAAAUGAAGAUCCUUACAAUCUUGAUGAUGCUCCAGACAAUUUGGAUUAUGUUAUCAAGCUGAAAGGUGGCAUUCCCUUUGUUUAUGACAACAAAGAGAUGAUGGAGCUCAAUGAGCCUCGGAGUUUGCCAUAUCCUGACCUGCAGAUCUACACCCUUGACCUGAGCCACGUUCUUGCUCUAAUUGCAGAUGGCCCAACGAAAACAUAUUGUCAUCGGAGGCUUAACUUUUUAGAAUCUAAAUUUAGCUUACACGAGAUGCUGAACGAGAUGUCUGAAUUUAAAGAACUGAAGAGCAAUCCCCAUCGAGACUUCUAUAAUGUGAGAAAGGUUGACACUCAUAUCCAUGCUGCUGCCUGCAUGAACCAGAAGCACUUACUGAGGUUCAUUAAGCACACCUAUCAAACAGAGCCCGACAGGAUUGUUGCAGAGAAAAAAGGCAAGAAGAUGACUUUAAAGCAAGUCUUCGAAAGCCUGCACAUGGACCCCUAUGACCUCACUGUAGACUCUUUAGAUGUCCAUGCAGGACGUCAAACAUUCCAUCGAUUUGACAAAUUCAAUUCCAAGUACAAUCCAGUUGGUGCCAGUGAGCUGAGGGACUUGUAUUUGAAGACUGAGAACUAUAUUGGUGGUGAAUAUUUUGCUCGUAUGGUCAAGGAAGUAGCCCGUGAACUAGAAGAAAGUAAGUACCAGUACACAGAACCUCGCUUAUCCAUUUAUGGACGGUCUCCAGAUGAAUGGCUGAACUUGGCAAAAUGGUUCAUUAAGCAUAAAGUUUAUUCCCCCAAUAUGCGCUGGAUAAUUCAGGUUCCCAGAAUCUAUGACAUAUUUAGGUCUAAAAAUAUUCUGCCUAGUUUUGGGAAGAUGUUGGAGAAUAUCUUUGUACCUUUGUUUGAAGCAACAAUCAAUCCCAAAGACCACAAAGAAUUGCACCUAUUCCUCAAAUAUGUGACUGGCUUUGACAGUGUUGAUGAUGAAUCCAAACACAGUGGCCAUAUGUUCUCUGACAAGAGCCUUAACCCUGACCUCUGGACCAGUGAGAAGAAUCCCCCAUAUAGCUAUUAUUUGUAUUAUAUGUAUGUGAACAUCAUGUUGCUAAACAACCUUAGGAGGGAAAGAGGCAUGUGCACUUUCCUGUUUCGACCUCACUGUGGAGAAGCUGGGUCUAUCACACACCUUGUUUCUGCCUUUCUGACAGCAGACAACAUCUCUCAUGGACUGCUCCUGAAGAAGAGUCCUGUCCUCCAGUAUCUGUAUUACCUUGCACAAAUACCCAUUGCUAUGUCCCCACUUAGUAACAACAGCCUAUUCCUGGAGUACUCCAAAAAUCCGCUACGGGAAUUUCUCCAUAAGGGGCUGCACGUCUCCCUCUCCACAGAUGAUCCCAUGCAGUUUCAUUACACAAAGGAAGCUCUCAUGGAAGAAUAUGCUAUUGCAGCUCAGGUGUGGAAACUAAGCACGUGUGACUUGUGUGAAAUAGCAAGAAACAGCGUUCUACAGAGUGGAUUGUCAGAUAAGGAAAAGCAGAAAUUCUUAGGGGUGAAUUAUUGCAAGGAAGGGCCUGAGGGAAAUGACAUUCGAAAGACAAAUGUUGCCCAGAUCCGGAUGGCCUUCAGGUACGAGACUCUGUGCAAUGAACUCAGCUUCCUGGCUGAUGCCAUGAGAACAGAAGAUAUUUCUACUCUGUCCAAGUAGUUACAAACUCAGAGGAACCAGAACAAGUUCCUCUUCAGCAGGAUAAGAUGCUAAUAACCUCAAAUCAUCUGUCUUUGAUGCUACAGAGACAUAACUGAACAGUACAGAGACAGAGUAUCUGUGGAAGGUAACAGCGUUUGUCGCCACUUGUUACUGCAUUAUUCUUGUUGCAAAGAUUUCAGUUUUUAUGAACAUUAGGCUUUUUAAGAUUGCUGUAAAUAUUAAAUGCAAACUCAGAAUCAUGUACUAUUUGUUUCAUACUGUCUUAACUGUGCCCUGCAGUGUAGCCUGGGAAACCAGAGAGAAUAUCUGUAGUGCAGCUGUGCUGUGCACCUGAGGAUCCCACAGAUGCUGACAGCACACACCCACCUGGGUUGGUCCUGCAAAUCUCAGUACCAGUCAUGGCUUUUAACACUUUUAAAAUUUAACCCUUUAUUCAUUAGCAGUUUCUAUGGGUGCAUAAUUUUGAGGCUACCCUUUCAUUCUGAGAGAGUUUUUAACUCAAUGUUUCAGCAGUUAUAUUGGAAAAAAUAACAUUGGGUAAUCUUGUUCAGUGACUAAUUAAUUCCUGUUGUUAUGUAGGAUGUCAGUGAAGAACAGCAGAUGAAUGGUUUUUAAUCUAGCAAGUGAAAAACAUGGUAUCAAAAUCACUAUUAUGCAUUGUAAUGAAUCUAAUUAUAUCAUGAAAAUUUUGCCUUGAAAGUUGAGAACACUUUUUUUAUUGCUUUGUAAUGGGAAUAUGUGGCUAUGCCCAUUCAAAUUACUUAGAAAUUUAUGCAGAUAAUUCUGGUUGCAUGUAAAGAGAAUUUUUUUACUUGAAAAAGGGAAGUGUUCUUAUGAAUCAGUGGUAGAAAUGCCAGACCUGGUUCUGUUCCUACUUCUGAUGUAUUUUUACACAUUUGUUUUAGUCUGUAUUUUAGUCGACUACAGCUGAAUGGGAAGUCAAACUGUCUAUUUAUACAGAAGCCAGCCCACUUGAAAUCUGUCAUUCCAAAUCAUGUUAUGUUAUGUUAAACUAUUUAUUUAUGAGGAAGUGGUUAGUAAAAUACAGCUACUGGAGUAUUUAUGACUUUCAAUCUUUUUUCUAUUUCACCAUUUUUAUGAUGCAGUGCUACUCCUUCAGAAAGGAUUAAAGGUAAUAACAUGAUGGCACCUAUGUAUUGUAGAAGCUGCACACAAUUUCACACCAAGAAAGACUCGAGGCCAGGGCAGCAGAGGGUGUGGAUGCCUAUGAGUCCAGCAGAGCCACUCAGUUCAAAGGCCUGCAGUCCCUGAGGCAGGAUCUGAGCCCAGGGUUAGACCCCUGGCUCCCUAAUAUCCUGCAUGGGGACACUGAGCUUCUUCAAACAGGUAUUCAGCAUUAAUGCAUACAAAGCCAGUAACUGAUACUGCCCAAGGUUCACCUGACCUUGAACCCUGCAUGUUGUGCUCAGUCAGAUGUCUUGGGCCACUUGUAUUUCCUAGGCCAGGCCCUUCUCCUGGAGCUUGGGCACCUACAGCCUUUUCUUUCAAGAGCUCUUUGGGUCUCACUUGCCCUUGGAAAUGCAGCCAAAAGCGGCAGUGGUGACACCAGCAGUACCAAAGGACCCAUUGAUGGCAUAAAUAUAUAGGGGCAUUGAAGACUCUCUCCUCAGGCUGUGGUAGUUCCAAGAGAUAUCUACAAGGACACCUUUUUAGUGUUUUGCUGUCCUGAAUGAAGAUUGCAAGGAAAUGGCACUAAAGUAGGGGAAGGAGGAAUUCCUUAUCACCUCCUAUAGCUCUGCUGCCUUUCAAGAACCCCCUGAGAGAGAGAAAAACAAAGAUGUCAGGAAGCAGCCUGGACUUAAGGCUGCUCUGAGGGAGGCCAAGGCACAAGAGGGAGAGUUCUGGCCAUCCAUUCACUAUCACAAUUAGCCAGUGCCAGGGCUUGCAGACAGGUGGUGGGAAUUUGACUUCAGCUCUUCAGUGCCCCAGCCUAAUGUCUGCAAUGUGCCAGGUUUUGUAUUCCUUGUACCCCUAAAAAUCAUGUGAAACCACAUUAUGCUGCCCAGCUGCACGAAAGUGAAAUUGUCCCAAGUUUUCAGUCACCAGCCCUGUUGGCCUCACUGUUAGGAACUUCAGCAGCUCAUAGAAUGCAGUCUCAGGUUUGGUGCCAUUUGUUCAGGAUGAAGUCUGAGAAAGUGGUUUAAGCUGUUCAGCUGCAUCAAAUGCAAAUGUUUUUAUCUUGUUUUUAUAGCUUCCUAGUAAAUUGUUACCAACAUAACAUUAUUUCGGAUAAACAUCUGCAUCCAGGCUAAAUAAGCAACAUGCUUGGUACAAAGAAUUUCAAGUAUCUCCAUCUGAUAAACAUCGCUUUACUUGGGUUGUUUCACCUGAAGAUUGCUGUUAGUGCUGCUUUUGUUGUCACUUACAUGUCUUUUUUUAGUUUCCUUAAAAUUACACCAAAUUUGUGUAUGUAUUUAAUACCUUUUCUGCUUUUCUUACCUCAGGUUCUAAUAGGUCUGUAGCUGUUACUGAAAAAAAAAAAAAAGAAAAUUUGAUUUGCAUAUUCAGUGAAUGGACAGUAGUUGGGAUUCUGACAAUAACCACAGUAACACAUAAGUGGUCUUGACCACAAGUUCUGCUUUCUGUGCUUUCUUGUGUGCUCUUUUAAGGGGAAAUUUGGUUUAUAGUAUUAUAUUUGGGGAAAUAUAAACAAACAUCCUUUCAAGCUUCCACUGCAUUUCUCCUGGUCAUCCUUUAAUUGGGCAAAUGUUACUGAUUCCCACGUUCAGUUCUGAUGCUUUGCCUUGUGUUCUUUUUUUAAAGUUGCACUUCUGUGCUAAUGUGAGGCUCUUCAGAGUAACCUUGUGGGCUCAGGCUGUGGCUGGAAUGAAAAGAUAGAUCCAGCACAGGUCACUGCUGUACACACAGACACCAGGGCAGGACAGAGCAGUGGCUGAUCCCCCCAGCUGCACUGAGGUCAAACCUGGUUAGGACACAGCUGGUUUGACUCAGGGGUGGAAGAACAUCACUGCAGGUGGCAAUAGGGUUAGCAGUGCUGCAGGAGAGGACAUCCUACUUUCUCUUUACUUCAUUAGGAGAGAGGCUCAAAUGUUAUUCCUUAAAUCUGUUGGUUCAAAAGCAUUUUAUACUUUCAACCUGAAAUGGUUAUUUGAUGUUUACAACCUAUCUACCUGAACAAUUCUUUUCUGUUCUGUUACUUUAGCAAACUUAAGUCAUUUGCUCUGUUGCUGGAGAAUACAUUUUUUUUUCACAGCUCAGAGCCACCUUAUGGUCUCAUAUCCUUGUUCUUUAUGUGCAACUAAACAUUUCUGUUCUCUUUGCCUAGUUAAAAUACAAGUCUGAAAAGGUGUCUGUAAAAACUGCUUUUUCUUUCUGUGCCUGGGUUACAUGAUGUUUGUCUUUUGCCUCUUGUGGAAGCAUUAAACAUUACACUAAUGAAUGAAUUGUAAAAGAAUAUGGUUAUGGAUUUUGUGUGUAUGUCUCUCAAAAUAUUUAUAGCUCCUCCCAGUCUCCAUAUUUAAGCAAAACUAAAACCAUGUGCAAUUAAACUGACUAAACUUAAAUAAAGCAAAAAAA